AUGGCAGCGCCGACCUCCUCCGCCUCUGCCUGCUCCGGCGAGCGGUGGCCCCCGCUCGAGUCCAGCCCCGAAGUCUUCAACCAGUUCAUGUGGUCGCUGGGUGUCCCGCGGGGCGAGGCCGAGUUCCACGACGUGUACGGGCUAGACGCCGACGCGCUGGCCAUGGUGCCCCAGCCCGUGCUCGCCGUCGUCUUCUGCUUCCCCGAUCCGCCCGAGGAUCCAGCCGCCCCUCCAGAACAAGUCUCAGCUACUGAAGACAAGCAGGAAAGUUUGGAUGGGGUGUAUUUCAUAAAACAGAUCGACUCAUUAGGAAAUGCUUGUGGAACUAUCGCUUUACUUCAUGCUGUUGGAAAUGCAUGUUCAGAAAUCAGUCUAUUGGAGAAUUCAGGCUUGGACCUGUUUUUCAAAUCAACAGCCAGCAUGGACCCGUAUGAGCGUGCCAGAGUGUUGGAGAAGGACGAUGACAUGGCAAGAGCUCACUCAUUGGCUGCCAAUGCUGGUGACACAGAGAUCGGUGACAUUGUAGAAGAGCAUUAUGUUUGUUUCACAACUCUCAAUGGGACACUUUACGAGCUCGAUGGAAUAAAGGGUGGACCAAUAAAGCAUGGUCCCUCAUCUCCUGAAAGUUUACUGCAGGAUGCCGUGAAUGUCAUCAAGGCGAUGAUGCAGAGGAUUCCCAAUUCGGUAAACUUCAAUGUGAUGGUGCUAUCGAGGAAACUGAAGUAA